AAGCCGGUGCUUUUGUGCUUCCCACUGCAGUUCAUUCCUUGGAAAAAGCUGUACCACCAGUACCUGCUGAAGGAGGAGUCAGCUCUGUGCAGAGUGGAGCAGAUCCUGCAGGAUUUCUCCAUCACAGAGGAGCAGGAAGGAUGUGUCUUGGGGCUGGUCACGUUGGUGUCGGCCACGCCCGUCAGGGGGAAGGUGGAUCCCAGCGUGGUUCUCCGGUGCUUGGGGAGCCACCACCUCUUCUCCAAGGCCCAAGUGUGUGUGGCCAACAAGCUGGCACAUCUGCAGAGCAACACAGGGGCUGAGAAGAUGUGGGCCACCAUUGCAGUCAUGGUGCUGUUCUCCGACAGCGUGGGCGACAUCCAGAGCCUGCUGGAGUGUGUGAGGAGACCCUGCUCCAACCUGUCGGUGCUGGAGGUGACUGAGGUGCUCUACUGCAUGGCCACACUCCUGUUUGCCAUGAGGGACAGGAACAUCCCCAUCACCAACAGGAUCCAUUACAACGUUUUCUACUGCUUGUACCUGAUGGAGAAUUCCUCUGUGACCGCUGAGAAUGUGGAAGAGGACACGCUGGCCUCGCGCUGCAGGCGGGACUUGUGGUCCAGCUGUCAUGAGGUACAACUGACCCACGAGCAGCAGAGGAUUCUGAACCACAGGAUCCAGCCCGGGCAGAUCGUGAAGAUCAUGGCGUUCGCAGGCACAGGGAAAACCUCGACCUUGGCCAAGUACGCGGAGAAAUUCCUGGAGCUGAACUUCCUGUAUGUGACCUUCAACAAGGCUGUGGCAGAGAAGGGGAGAAGGGUCUUUCCCAGGAAUGUCACCUGCAAGACUUUCCACUCCCUGGCGUUUGGGAGCGUCGGGAAGCACUACAAGGAGCGGGGCCGGCUGAGCUUCUCCAAGCUGUCGGUGUUCUGCGUGGCGUCCCUGCUGCGCACUCGCCUGGGCCAGGCCCUCUUCGUCAGGGCCAAGACGGUGUCGCAGACCCUGGAGAGCUUCUUCGCCUCCUCGGACGAGGAGAUCUGCGAGGAGCACACGCCCGUCUGGUUCAGGAGCACCCACGGGGACAUGAGGCUCGUCAGCCCUGAGGAAAAGCGGAUCAUCGUGCAAGAGGCCAAAGAAAUAUGGCACAACAUGAAAAAGCUGGAUGGAGACGUGGAGAGGAGAUACAGGAUGACUUGUGAUGGGUACCUGAAGCUGUGGCAGCUCAGCAAGCCCCAGCUCUCGGGAUACGACGCCAUCUUCGUGGACGAGGCCCAGGAUUGCACUCCAGCCAUCGUGGACGUGGUGCUGUCACAGCCGUGCGGGCUCAUCCUGGUGGGGGAUCCCCACCAGCAGAUCUACACCUUCCGCGGCGCCGUCAACACCCUGCAGGACGUGCCACACACACACGUCUACUACCUGACAGGCCUGGCUCGCUUUGGCCUGAGCAGGAUUUACGAUAUCUGGAAGCUCAGCCAGCCUGCAGAGGUCAGGGAGAGAGCCCAGCUGGAGAUCCAGGACCCCUUUAUCCAGAGGUGGGCGGACACGCAGGGGUUCCAGGGGCUGAAGGAGUACGCGGCGCACGUGGACGACCGGGAGCUGCAGGUGAAGAUCUCCAUCGUGGACAAGUACCGGGAGCGCAUCCCCGAGCUGGUGCGCAAGAUCGAGGCGUCCCACGUGGGCCAGGAGUCCCUGGCAGAUUAUCUCAUAGGGACUGUCCACCAAGCCAAGGGCCUGGAGUUUGACACGGUGCUGGUUGCAGAUGAUUUUGUGAAGGUCCCGGUUGGGAGCGGCGCUUCCCAGAGGAGAACCAACCUGGCCAUUGGCGCCGUCCCGGAGGACGAGUGGAACCUGCUCUACGUGGCCGUGACUCGGGCUAAGAAGUGUCUGCUGCUCUCCAAAUCCCUGGAACACCUCCUGACCUUGGCUGGGGAGCGUUUCCUUCGGGUGGAGCUGAUGAGUGAGGCUGCCAGGGACGGAGCAUCCCACACCUGCUGCGUGUCAGGAUGCCCAAACACGCUGGAUCCCAGCUCCAGGCUGCUUGUCAGGAAGCUCCCGUUGACUCACAGCACCGGCAGCCGCGAUCCCGGGGGAUUCCUGUGCCAGCCUUGCAGCCGGCAGCGCUUCGGCCCCCUGGCUGCUCUCACAUCCCUGCCAGCGCUCCAGCAGCGGCCCUGCCAGCCCUAGGGGAGCCCU